CCGUAUUCAGUUCUUAAUCAGCGUUUAAUCGCGCUGCACAUGACAGGAAAAAAGUUUAUUAUUUAAAAUUUAUUCAUUUUCUAUGAAUAAAGAAAAAAAGUGUUUUGUUUAUUCUUUUUAAAAAACGCGUGAAUAAAAUCGAAAAGCAGAAGAACAAUCAAGUGUUAAACUUACAUUAUCAAUACAAAUAGCCUACUUAAAGUUUGAAAUUUUGAUCCACAUUGGAUUUGUGUUACACAUUGUGUUGAAGUGUUAAUUUGUUAAAUCAUUGUUAAGUGUUAACUAUUAAAAAAUAUUCAAUGAAAAAAAUAAAUAAAUUCGAUUUAUAAAUGUGGCAUUUAUUUUUUCUUAAAUGUUAGUUUAUGGAAAAAGUGGGUUGAAAAUAAAUUUUUGUGUUAAUAUUUGCUCAACUAAUUAACGUGGAUUUCAAAAAAUAUAAUUAAAGAAAAACAUUUAAUGUGUUAUAAACUAAUGUGAUUUGAAAUGAUAUUAUGUCAAUAUUGAAAAUACGAAAAUACAAUAAAUUAAAAAAAGCCAAUAUAAUAUUAAAUAAUAUUGAGAAAACAAAACAAUAACAAAACGUCACACAACCAAGAUAACCCCGCCACAGAAAAGGUCCACAACAACAACACCACCUAAAUAAUUGUUGUUUUCAAUAAUUGUUGCUGGUGUUUUUUCCUCAUUAAUGCAAAAAGGUCACGCUCUGCCACAUCAAUGAAAGCACACAACCACAAUUACAAAACUCAACAAUGAAAUCAAAUUAACAAAUCAAAAUAGAAACCAAAGAAGACACAAAUGGAAUUGAGUGGAAUUGAAACCUGAAAACCAAUUAUUGUGAUAUACCUAUUUCCCCCCUAAGUUAAACUAGUUGCAGAUUUUUUUUGCUACUCUUUAUUUUCGUCACAACUCAAACUACCUCAGCCAACAUAUCCUCUGGGAACUUUUCACACGUCUACACGCCUAGAACUCUAGAACUCACAACAAAAACUCUAUCAAAAUGGUACAUGGAGCCCCUGCCAAGAAGAAGACCAAUGGUGCAACCAACAACAAUGACACACAACAAUACGAAAUGGAAUUGGAGGAGACACAACAGCCCGUGCCACCCGAUGGUGGUUGGGGUUGGAUGGUGGUGUUCGGUUCCUUUAUGAUACACAUUAUCACCGAUGGCAUGACAUAUUCCUUUGGUCUGUUCUACGAUGAAUUUUUGGUGUAUUUCAAUGAGGGCAAAGGUUAUACGGCAUGGAUUGUCUCAAUUAUGGUUGGUGUGACAUUUGCAUCGGGCCCAAUUUCAUCGUCAUUUGUUAAUCGCUAUGGUUGUCGAGCUGUUACAAUAGCGGGAGCUAUUUUAACCGCAAUAUGCAUUAUUAUUAGUACCUAUGCUCAGAAUGUCCUCACAUUGAUUAUCACCAUUGGUUUUGGUACCGGUCUUGGCUUGGGUCUAAUCUAUUUACCCGCCAUUGUGAGUGUCAGUACCUACUUUGAGGCCAAACGUUCUCUGGCCACUGGUAUUGCAGUAUGUGGUUCUGGUUUUGGUACCUUUGUAUUUGCUCCUUUGAUGGAGUCGCUAUUGGGUACCUAUGGUUGGCGUGGUGCUUUGCUAAUUGUUGGAGGCAUUGUAUUGAAUUGUAUUAUAUUCGGUGCCAUGUUCCGACCAUUGGAACCACCACAACCUACCAAGGCGAAGAAGAAGAACAUCAUAGAUCAACAUGCUACUCCAGCGGAGCUGGAACCCCUUAAGGCCAAUGUCAAGCAAGCUGAUCAAUAUUUGCAAUUGCCCAAAAGUGAAACAAAUGGUCUGUGUCGCUCGAAUAGUGUGGGUCAUUCAUUUAAAAAUAAGUUAAAUGGUUCCAAUGGAGCUGUCAAUCAAAAAAUGGAAAUUUCCGUGGUUUCAAAAUGCACCAGCAAUGAAGAUAUUAUCAAAUCGGCCAUGAGUCAACCGCAUUUGGCCCAAUUGAAGGAGCAUCAUCGUGAAAAGUCGGGCAGCGGUACCAUGUAUAGGCCGGAUAUUUUGUAUCAGGGUUCCUUGCUCAACAUACCCGAAUAUGCCAGAUCACGUCAAGAUUUAUCGGGGUCAGGUGUCAUCCAACGUUAUGGUUCAGUUAAACAUUCCCAAUUGGAUUUGAAUGAGGAUGAGGAAGUGGCAAAAUGUUGCGGCAUCACAUGUUCGAAAGAGACCCGCGACACCCUUCGCGAAAUGAUGAAUUUCGGUUUGAUGACAGACGUAAUCUUUGUAAUUUUUGCCGUAUCGAAUUUUUGCACCAGUAUCGGUUUCAAUAUGCCCUACGUCUAUAUUGUGUCACAAGCCAAGGCCCUGCAUUUGACCGGUGAACAGUCUUCCUAUUUAAUUGCAAUUAUUGGUGUGGCGAAUACGAUAGGCAGAAUUAUAUUGGGUUAUGUCUCGGAUAAGCCAUGGGUGAACCGUCUGUGGGUCUAUAAUGUGUGUCUGACGAUUUGUGGUAUUGCAACAGCCAUGUGUCCCUUGUGUACCGGGUUCUAUUCGUUGGCAUUCUAUUGUUCGGUAUUUGGUUUCACCAUUGGUGCCUAUGUGGGUUUGACGUCUGUAAUUUUGGUCGAUUUGCUGGGUUUGGAGAAACUGACAAAUGCCUUUGGUAUUUUGUUGCUGUUCCAAGGUGUGGCAUCACUGAUUGGACCACCUAUUGGAGGUUGGAUGUACGAUAUUACGUUUUCCUAUGCCCCCGCCUUUAUCCUGGCCGGCAUUAUGAUUGCCAUCAGUGGUCUAAUCAUGUUUGUCGUACCACCCAUUCAGCGCCGCCAAGCGAGAAAGCAGCGGGAAUUAAAUGCUCAAGAAAUUGCUCUAAGUUAGAAAAUGUUGUAAAUUGUUUAUAAAUUAAAAAAAAAGAAAUUAUUAUUAAUAAUUUAAUAACAAAUAAACCUAUUUUUGUGUAGGUAGAUAAUUAUUAAAAUUAAUAUUUUUCAAAAGACUUUGAACACACACA